AAGACGGAAGCAUGCCACUUCUCGCGCAAACCAGCCCGAACCGACCCAACGCUGGACCUGGGAGAAGCGCCCUUCACGGGCGAGACACCUCUCAAACCGGUAGAGGUGCUGCGGCACCUCGGCUUCUACUUGGACCGACGGCUCACGUUCCGUCAGCACGUGCGGUACUACGGAUCCCGCGCGGCAAGCACAGCACAGUCCAUGCUCAUGCUCGGGAACUCAGUGAAGGGCCUGCAGCCGAAACAACGGCGCACGCUAUAUGUGAUGUGCAUACUCCCCCUGAUGACAUACGGCUGCCAG